GUCGUGAGUGAUAACCGCGCAGGGGCGGACGUGCGUGCCGCGCUUAUCACGAUUCCCGCGAAAUAUCGAACGAAAAAUAAUUUUAAGUGAUUAAAAACAAGUUACGAAUUGUGCAUGUGUUUUAUGAAUAUUGUGGAUUUAUUGUAGUGUUUAUCAAUAUUAUUCAUAUGUGUGUGUAAAACGAGUUUUUAUUUUUUUCUGUGCACCUGAUUACUUGGAUUUUUUUAUUGGAGUUUUUGUGAUGGCGUAGCGUAAUGGAGGGCGAGUGCUCUGAGGGCGCGAAGGGCUGGCUCCUAGUGAGGGUGCACGUCCCUGAGCUGAACGUGCAGAAGAGCCUUCAGUUCCCCAGGGACCAGCUCAUUUGGGACGUCAAGCAGCAGUGUCUCGCCGCCUUGCCUAAGGAGCUGAAAGAAAGCUUCAACUAUGGUCUGUUCUGCCCACCAGUCAACGGUAAAGCCGGCAAGUUUCUCGACGAGGAACGACGCCUCGGUGAUUACCCCUUCAACGGACCUGUUGGAUAUCUUGAGUUAAAAUACAAACGGCGAGUAUACAAAAUGCUGAAACUUGACGAGAAGACGUUAAAGGCCCUGCACUCGCGCGCAAACCUUCGGCGGUUCCUCGAACAUGUGACGCACGCGCAGAUUGACAAAAUCACCAAGGCAUGUGCUAAAGGACUGGACCCAAACUUCCAUUGUCAAGAGACUGGUGAAACACCUCUAACAAUUGCAGCCGGCCUAAAGACACCAGGAAAAGUACUGAUAGCCCUUGUAAACGGCGGAGCCUUACUAGACUACAGAACCAAAGAUGGCAGCACAGCCAUGCAUAGGGCUAUUGAAAAGAACUCUCUUGAAGCUGUGAAAACUUUGCUGGAACUCGGAGCAUCACCUAAUUAUAAAGAUGGGAAGGGAUUGACGCCACUGUACCUUUCCGUGACGAAUAAAACUGAUCCAUUAUUGUGUGAGACCUUGUUGCAUGAUCAUGCCACGAUUGGGGCUACUGAUCUGCAGGGAUGGCAGGAGGUGCACCAGGCUUGUCGCAACGGUCUCGUCCAGCACCUGGACCACCUGUUGUUCUAUGGCGCGGAUAUGAACAGCCGCAAUGCGUCUGGCAACACUCCACUUCACGUGUGUGCAGUUAACGCCCAAGACUCCUGCGCACGUCAAUUGUUAUUCCGGGGCUGUGAUAAAGAAGCGCUUAACUUCGCUAACCAAACCCCUUACCAGGUGGCUGUAAUAGCAGGCAACUUGGAUUUGGCUGAAGUUAUAAAGAACUACAAAGCUGAGGAAGUCGUGCCGUUCCGUGGACCUCCUCGGUACAAUCCGAAGAGACGAUCUGCGGCUUGGGGGGGUUGGUGGACGGCAGGGGACAGAUCGUCCCUAGCGUCCUCGACACGGAUACCAGCGGAACUAGACACCCUGCUCCGCCGGCAGCCCGGCCCCACAGCGUCUCCCUGCAGUCUUGAGAGACCGUUCUCGUCGGCCUCGUCCAGCAUUAGUGAUGCCAGUCACCCCAGCCACGAGGACGAUGCCAGUAUACUCACAGAUAAAAGUGCGGGCGACACGAGUGACAUCAUAUCGGACUCUAGCGGCGUCGGGACCAGCAACUCUGACACUACGUGCUCCCUCCACGGGGGCGCCACCGUCGUGUGUCUGCAACCUUACGACGCAGGCACGCCCGGUCACGUGCGCCUCAACCAGGGCGACAUUGUUGAAGUGACGGGAGCAACAGAUGACGGUCUACUGGAAGGUACGGUGCGCGGCUCCGGGGCAAGUGGAUUGUUCCCCAUGCAAUGCGUACAAGAAGUACGUUUGCGACAAAACACACAUAAUCUACAUCAGGUGCUAGCGUCAGGACCAAUCCACCAUUCCCGAGUGACUGGCAGACGGGAAAUGGCGCUCAGCAAGACUUACAGUGCUACUGCGCCUAGGAUUAAAAAGUCAUAUGGCAAUAUGGAGACUCGCACUGUAGUCCUUCAUCGAGCUCGACGUGGAUUUGGGUUCGUGCUGCGCGGUGCCAAGGCAUCCUCCCCUCUCAUGGAGCUACGGCCUUCAGAGCGCUGCCCUGCGCUGCAGUACCUUGAUGAUGUCGACGCAGGAGGUGUGGCGGACCGCGCUGGUCUUAAGAAGGGAGACUUUCUUGUGGCGAUAAACGGCGAGGACGUGUCGUGUGCGUCGCAUGAACACGUGGUGGAGCUGAUCCGCAGCUCCGGUGCACUCGUCUCCAUGACUGUUGUCUCGUUGAACAAUCACAAUGGUCGAGCACCUGCGCCCGCGCCGCCGCGACGCGACCCGCGCACUACCUUGAGCGUGGGACGCGCUAGAGCCAAGUCUAUGGUUGCUGGACUCGAGAAUGGUGGUGAAAAAGAAGAGAGCUGUGAGCCUCUGAGUGUAGCUGGCAAGUCGUCGUCCGCGGAAUCAGUGCAGCUUCCGGGUGGAAGUAACAGUGGUACACCAGUAUCUGGCACUCCGGUGGCUCCCCGCACGGCGUCCAUCCGCGCCAGGCCUGCUUCAUCACGCAUCACCGCUGCUGAGCUCGAGGAGCUGUUCCAAAGACAGGCUGACGCAGAUACCAUCCUUGGCAACAAUGCAAUGAUGACUCGGUCAGCAUUCCAAGGGGGAUCGAACUCUCCUCCCUACUCACCUGCGCGGGCGCCGACCAGAGUUUACGCAUCUGUCGCCGAAAUGAAGAGGUCACGUGGAAAGCUGUGGAGCAAGUCAGGCAGUAGUACAUUACGGCGCGACUUCCAUUCCACGCCGGACCUGGCCGCCGAGCAUACUGCACACCCACCAAGGACCCGGUCCAGCGAAGAUGUUCAUGCUCCAGGACGAGUGCCUCCUCCAGCGUGUCCUCCUCCUCCUCCGCCAAUAACCGGCGCAGUGCCUGCGUCUACGUUCAGGCCGGCGGACCAGGCCAAGCUAUACGCCUCGCCACGAGACCUGGAGACCGUCGCAUACCGACCAACAACCACCGAUAACACGCACAAUGGUCGUAAAGCGACAUCGUUACGGUCUUGGGCGGGUCCUAACCGGCCCCAAUCGGCUGACGAAACCGGCAACCAGUACGCACAGCCCUUCAACACGCAUAAGGGCUUUGUUAGACAGAAUUCUACACCAGCGCCACCAAUUCCCGAGCCGGACUAUAGCAUGUCAGAAUCUGAUGAUGAAGUAGAUUCCAAACCCAAAGGUGAACCCGCCGCAGUCGCUGAGACCAGCGCCAACAGCAACGCUAGGAUGCCAAUAUACGCAACGAUAUAUGAGCAUGAUGCCGAAUAAAUAGUUAAUUUUGAACUUUGAUUGUUAUCGCAUAAGUGGCAGUAGCUCGGGUUCCAGUUCGAUGCAGCAUUCGUUCUCCGUGGACGAGAUCCAGAAGAUCCGCACUCGGCUGAAGUCGUCAAAGUCGUGCGGCGACGAGCUGGGCGCGGAGCGCGACGACGGCGACAACUCGUCGUCGGGCGUGUCGUCGGACCAGGAGGCGCAGGCCCGGCCGCCGCCGCGGCGCGACAAGGUGUCGUUCUGCGCGUCCGUCACCGUGAAGUCGUCCAACGACGUCAUCAGCACGGAGCCCGUGCACUCGUCCAGCGAGAGCCUGGCGCCGCCGCCGCCGCCCAUGGCGCGCCACAACUCGCUGACGCGCAAGCGGGCGGCCGCCGCCGGCGCCGGACGCGGCCGGUCGGCCGCCGAGCGCC